AUGCACAAGGUUCUUAGACAGGGUGACGUGGUUGAGGGAAUGAAGUUUAUGAUACGAUCACAACCGAGAGCUACGCGACCGUUCUUCCAGAUCGAUACAAGCAAACCGAUAUUGUCAGAACUAUCCAACAAUUUGGCUUGA